GGCCUUCGCGUAUCCGUCAGUUAAGUCCAGUCAGUCAGUUAUAAUCAUCAUCGCCAACGAAAAAAAGCACGAGAAACUUGAAAAAAGUGUCGGAACCAAUAAGUAACAAUCACGGCUAGCCCGAUUUCUUGCUGUUGCUGAAGUGCUCCAAGGACCACGUAUCCGGAAGCAACGGUUCCGCGCUAGAUUGUCCGCUGGGCCACUGUUGAGCAAUCCUUAUCUCGACCUUCCCUCGAGUAUUGUGUGAUUGUGGGAUCCUGCCGGUUUCGCCUAUCCGCAGCUGUCGCCUUACCUUUUCGGAAGGUAUUCUGACCCGGCCCCAAGGACAAAUCUCUCGAUUUUGCUCGCUAACGCUCCAGGCAGCCGGUUGCUAAAUCCAGCAAUAACAAUGGACGUCUUCAUGAUGAUCAGACGAAAGAAGACGACGAUCUUCACCGAUGCCAAAGAAACAACCCCCGUCUACGAGCUGAAGCGGAUGAUCGAAGGAAUCCUGAAAGUGCCUCCCCAGAACCAGCGCCUCUUCAACAAGGACAACCAGGUGAUGGACGACGAGCGGACGCUGCAGGACUGCGGCAUCACGGUGUCCACGGCCAAGGCCCAGUCUCCGGCCCAGCUCGGGUUGGCCAUCCGGGAGAGCAACGGGGACUUCGAGUCGCUCGAUUUGACGCCCUACUCCCUGCCCCCAGAUCUACCAGACGUGAUGAAGAACCAGGACGCCGCCAACGGACAGGACCAGCUGGCCUAAGGUGGAUCAGAGCUUUGCUAUUUUUUGUUUUGUUGGGGGAAUCGCUUGUACCAGAACUAAAACCUGCUACUGCUACACACUACACUAUCACUCUUUGUAGGGGAUUCGGGACAUUCAACAAUAUUCCUGUUUUGGCCAUCGAUAGCGCACUAUAUUGCAUUGUCAUCAUGAUUGACUCACCUUUUUUCCUUUCCUCACCACACACAUCCGUUUGCUUGCAAUCUGCCCAUAUUGGAAAGCUCUAUCUGCACCUUAUUUUUUUGUGAACAUUUUAAUGAUUAAAACUGUUGGCCUCAUACUCAAACCAAGCGUUUAUGGAACAAACUUUCGGCCAUUAUAUCUUAGACAAAAAACAAACAUCAUUGUAGUUCAUUGGACUUUUUUCUUCAAGUUCCUUCAGCUUCAAUUAGGACAGUUUCGGAUUUUUCAAACGAGCGGCGCGAACUAACUAGAAGAGAGAAGAAAACGAAAGGGGAUGUUUCGGCAAUCGUUGAUCGUGUUGUCUAUUUUUUAUUUUACAAAUGUAAUUAACUUAUGAAUUAAAUAAACCUUAAUUUGAACCGAUUGGGAUGAUCGAA